UUUAAUGAUAGAUAGAGAAAAGAAAACAUUUAUAAAUGAGCCAACAGAAAAGGUCCACAUCAUAUUUUAUAUUUGGAAUUUUGGGAGCACUUAAAAAAUAUUCUAAAAAAACAGUUUAUUUCUCUCUAUAAGUUGGCAUCAUCGACAUUCUCGAAAGGUGGCAUAACACCUUUCAUAAACCUCACCAAGCUCAUCUUCAAGCAGCACAGAGGCUAUGGCUGUAGACCACCUAUCCUGUGACCAUGCAGACGAUGACUACAUCGACAUGGAUGUCGGUUCGUACUCCGCCUCCCUCAACCAUUCCAUGAGCUCCCCUCCACACCCCAGAGAGUUUGAGUUUCAAAUGUCAUCCACUUCUUUGAAGAGGUAUUCCCCCUCAACCUCUCCAGCUGAUGAGCUCUUUUACAAAGGGAAGCUCCUUCCCCUCCAACUCCCUCCGCGCUUACAAAUGGUCGAAAAACUACUGCAAAACUCCCACUCUGGUUUCGAUCACCGAAAAGAUAUGUUUGAAGAAUUCUAUAGCACUCCAUUGGCCACCACUGCCCCAACUCCAACCACAACCAGCACCCCAUUUGAGUCCUGCAAUAUCUCGCCUUCGGAGUCUUGCCAGGUUAGCAGAGAGCUGAACCCAGAAGCGUAUAUUUUGGAGUACUCAACUGAAGGGAGCGGCUUUACGAAUGAAAACCCAAAAAAGUCUUGGACCAAAAAGUUCAGGCAGUCAUUGCUUGGUUCAAAGCUGAAGGCUUCCCGGGCAUACUUCAAGUCUCUGUUUGGCAAAUCUGGUUGCUCGGACGAGUCCAGUGCAGCUGCUGCCAGGAAUGCAGAUGGAGGAAUGGUUUUCAAAUCUGAGGAUUUAAGUAAAUAUGUGAAGACAUCCAAGAAAACCCCAUUUGGACAAAUUCAGAGAGAGAAAUACCAGAUGUCUGCUUCUGGCGCGAGGAGCUUCAGCAAAGCCAAGGUCAUUGAGGAUGGUCCUGGUCUCCACAGGAGAUCGUUCUCACUGGCCAUCAAACGGAAUUCAACAAAGAUCUCAACAUCCUCUUCAUCAUCUUCGGGCUCUUCUUCAUCUUCAAAUCAUUCCAAUGGAACUCAGGAGCUGCAGUUUCUGAAGAGAUGCAACAGUGCAAGUUCAGAAAUUGAGAGUUCAAUUCAGGGGGCAAUUGCACAUUGCAAGCAGUCUCAGCAACCUUUUAGUUCAAGAAAGACCGUCAGUGAAGUUGGGUUCUACUCAUUGUCAUCUUCGAGGAUAGCAGCUUGUGAGGAUCAAGAAAGACCAGAGCUUUGUACGGGCUGAAGGGCUCUCAGUGAAUGGGAGGGAGGGAGGGGAAAGUACAAACUUUUGACUUGGGUUAAUGAUGUGUUAUUUUUUUCCUUCUUUCACAAAUUUGUUAAUGAAUAUGGUUUGGUUCAGUGCAUGGCUGUCAGAAACUCUGUUUCACUUCUAAGACAAGACAUCAUGUUCUUCCCCUUUUUUACUAAACUGCUUCACUUCCAGCAAAUUCCGUGGCUCUAGAAUUCAACUAGCUAACAAGUUUUCAAUUUACGAGCAUGUGGUCCAAAAUCCUAAUGGAUAGAAUGUUGGGUUUCCACUCAUGCGUCCUGGGUUCGAAACUGGCUAUCUUUUAAGACGUCAUAAUCAAGAGAAUUAUAAAAGAAAAGAUUGGUAAUAAUCCAUGUCAAGGGUCUGAGAUUUGUAAAUUAACCCUGAUGUUAUUCAAGGAGUCGCCUGAUGAACUCUCGGGGAUCAGUUUCACCUCCUCAAAUUACAAUGAAUGAAAAAACGACAAAAAAAAAAGAUUAAUCCUACAAGAUUAAUCCUAAAGCACGGUAUAAAUGAACAAAAUUACGAACUCGACGAAGAAAAAGGGAAGACGUUCAACAAUUUAAUAUAACAGGAGUUCUUCAAGUGCAAGAAAAGAAAACAGCCUUUACUUUGGCUCUUGUUUCCUUCCCCUUUUCUUUUCCCAGAUACUUCCUAGUGGGAAAUAUAAACCUUAAAUUUAGUGAACAUGUCAGCCAAAAAUUUGACAGGAUUAGAGCCAAAGAAAGCAACUAAAAGGUCUAAUUGAUGUUGUUGAGCACUAUGGGUUAACAGAUACCCAUCUAACCACAAACCUUUUUCCCCACUCAAAUUUUAAUGUUAUCUAGGAAAAAUAAGGAAAUGGUAGGCCUUGCAGACCAGCUAGAUUGUUACAUCAGCACAGAAGCAACAAAGUUGCCCCUAAAAACUAAGAUAUCAGCAUCCAUACCCAUUUAGCCUAACAGCAAUAAGUGAAACAUACACCGAGAAUGUGGCAAAGACCAGUAAAGAAUAAAUCAAUGUAACAAAACUUGUCGUAUCUCGUUUUAUAGUGGUGAAUUUGCAUCCUUAACUACUGAUUAGUUUCGUAGUGACGAAGGGCUUAAGGUUUGGAUCAAACUGAUUUUUCCCGAAUGCAACAGCUUACAUGAAGUUCAGAAUUCAAUGUCAAUCGCAUAUACAAAAGACUAACAUUGCUCUGGUAAGAAUAUUUUUUUUAUCUUCGAGACUAUGGUUGAAAAGGUCAAUAGCGCAAAUGAUCUUUCUUAUCAAGUUCUUUUGGUUUGAACUAGGAACGGGCCUAUGGGAG